AUGUUCCUCCUUAUUUCAGCUGGUACAAUGAUGAACAGUUCUGCAACAGCCGCAUUUAUGGCAGCGCCAACAUUGCUCAGUGCUACGGCAUUAGCAUCUACUCCGAUGAAGGAUGCCACCGAGACUGCCCGGUGUACUUCUCCAACCGCUGCAGGUACCAACUCAAGUAUGGAAUCAACUUCCGCCUCUGGAACCAAUGCCACUGUCGAAGUUGCAAGGUUGGUCGGAUUGAAGUAA